GACAUUUCAGAGUUCAGACUUUUCCAUAUUUUCUCCGAAGACUUGUGUUCUGCUGUUCACUUCUUCCUUCCUUCCUUCCUUUUCCUCAUCAUCUUGUUACACUUCUUCUUUCUUUCCUUUUUAGUACUGUUGUUUAGGCUCACAUGCUCAGCACAGAGCCAGUGUUGUAACCUUUGCAUGUUGCUUACUUUGCAUGUCGUGGUGCUGACUGCAUAACUUCAUCUCAGUGGCAGAGCAUUCCUUGAAAGAGGCCAUUCAUCCAAAAAUUGUUGGGGGGACCUUUGUCUUUCUUGGGAUUGUUUGUUCUGCACUAGCUACCAAGAGUUGUUCCUUCACACCUAGUCUAGACAUGGACCCUACAGCCAUUGACUUGAAUAUGUUUUCUUUCCAUCAUCUCAAUGGUCCUGCAAAUUAGUAAUUUCCUCAUGAGAAUGGGACUUGGUCUCUUUGAGUGCUGCUUCACUAGCUCUUCUUCUGACACGUUUUCAAAGCAGAGUAAGUGGCGAAUCUUGCCCUACAAGAAACUUGCAAAAGUCACAAAUAAUUUUAACCAAUCUCAUUGUCUUGGAAAGAGAGGAUUUGCCACUGAAUAUUAUGGAAAACUUGAGGAUGGGCGUGAGAUAACGAUCCAGUGCUUUAAUGAAGACAAGCACCACAUGUUGCAACAGUUUAUCAAUGAAACUGCUAUCCUAAACUACUUGCCUCACAAAAAUAUUGUGUCAAUUUACGGGUGUGCUUCUCAUCACAAGGAGUCACUACUAGUGCAUGAAUACCUAUCCAAUGGCAAUCUUGCUUCUCAUCUUCAAAGUGAAAUAACCAAAAACAGCACACUACCUUGGCUGACUCGAUUGGAUAUAGCCAUUGAUAUUGCAAAUUCAUUGGACUAUCUUCACUAUUAUGGCAUCAUCCACCGCAAUGUGAAGUCCAGUAAUAUUCUCCUAGAUGUGAACUUUUGUGCUAAGCUUGCUAACCUUCAUCUAUCCCGGAAACUUCCAGAUGGAGUUCCUGUCUAUGCUACCCAUGUUACUGGUGAUAUAAUUGGGACAUGUAGUUAUAUAGACCCAGAGUAUUUGACAAAAGGCCGGCUUAGCGUAAAAAAUGAUGUUUAUAGCUUUGGAGUGGUGUUGUGUGAGCUCUUCUCAUCAAAGCUGGCAAAGAAUUGGGUUAUGAAUGAAGAGGAUAGUCUUGCUACCAUUUUAAGCAGAAAAAUUGAAAACCAAACUUUGGUGGAGCUGUUGGAUCCAAGACUCGGCUUUGAAUCAAACCUUAAGAUCAAGCGGAUGAUGACUGCUACAGCUGAGCUUGCACAUCUAUGCAUGAAAUGUCCACAAGAAUUAAGGCCAAAUAUGGAACAGGUGCUAGAGUCACUCGAUGGCAUAAAGCAAGGAAGAUAUGAAACAAACUCAACAAAAGCUUUGAAAAUCUUCCACCAUGCUGAACUUGAAGAAGCUACCAACAAGUUUGACACUUGCCUUGGAAAGGGAGGGUACGGCACCGUGUACUAUGGAAAACUUCAAGAUGGGCGAGAGGUUGCAAUAAAAUGUUUCCAUGAUGAGAGUGAGACAGAAGAGACCAUUAAGCAAUUCAUGAAAGAAACUGCGAUCUUAGGUCUCCUGCACCAUGAAAAUCUGGUUUCACUUUAUGGCCGCACUUCUCGCAAUUGCAACAAACACAUGCUAGUUUACGAGUACAUCUCCAAUGGCACUCUUACUAAACAUCUUCAUGAAUCUUCUGGUGGUAAACUACCAUGGCAUAAUAGAUUGAAUAUUGCCAUUGAAACUGCUACUGCCUUGGUAUUUCUUCAUGAAUCAGGUAUCAUCCACCGUGAUGUAAAAGGGAGUAAUAUUCUGUUGGAUGAAAAUUUUACUGUCAAAGUUGCAGAUUUUGGAUUCUCACGGUCUCUUCCAGAUCAUGCUACUCAUGUUUCAACUAUUCCAGUAGGAACUCGUGCUUACAUAGAUCCUGACUACUAUGAAUCUGGAAGGGUCAGUGACAAAAGUGAUGUCUAUAGUUUUGGGGUUGUCUUGUUCGAACUCAUAUCAUCCAUCCGCCCAAGUUUAAUGGAAGGCACAGAUUAUGUUACUCUUGCACAGUUUGCAAAGAGAAAAAUUUUAAACAAGGAAUUAACCGCUGUAGUGGAUCAAAGUUUUUGGCUUGGUGUUGACAAAAACAUGAUGGAAAUGAUAACAGCAGUGGCAGAGUUAGCAUUUCAGUGUGUGCAGUGUCCCAAGGAACUCAGACCAUCCAUGAAACAGGUGCUAGAUACCCUUGAGGGCAUAAGGAAAGGAACAUGGGGAUUCAACCAGAUAACAUAGUCCUUAUUCAUGCUACCAACAUUCCUGGUUCUAUCAAACCAUUCAUUUGGUUUGUGGUCUAGUAAUUGGAUUUUGGCUUAACAGAGAUGAUUUUGUUCUGCAGUAUAGGAAUUUCAGGUUAGCCCUAUUGUAGGUUAGAAAUUUACUUGACUAUUUAGGGUGUGUUUGUUUUAGCUGGAUUACACUUUGAGGCACGUUGAACAUGGAUCCUUAUGUCACUUGGAUUCACGUUCAACGUGGUUUAACAGCAAUACAAACAUGCUGUUACAUGAUACAUGUAAAUGCAUUCCAUGUUCUAAAUGUAUAAGAAAGACCAAAAGCUGGAAACCAUCUCAGAAUUGCAGUA